AAUGUCGCAUUCUUCGUUCCAUUCAUAUUUGCACAGCCAUCACACACCAUGGGAUUGAUUAUCAGAGGAGCCAGGAUCGCAUCACGUAUCCCACGAACGCAACUAUGGGCGCUUCAACAACGCAGCGCUUCGAGGGCGACCUACACAGUACCCAUCGCACAACCGCCUCCAACACAUGAGCACUGGAACAUCCCUACACUGGACGAAUGCCCUUCACCCACAUGUCAAUGCAGAGAGACGCCGCCAGGACUGGAUAUCGACCGCGAAAGCAAGCUCAAUGGGACCAUGCCGACGUAUGCUGAGCAAGUCCUCAUCUCGACAGGCCGCACAGACUGGAAGAGCAGGAUACAAGAGGACGAGGAUAGUGUGCUUGUGAACCAAUUAAAUAAGAUGAUUGGACCCAAGGGCAGGUUCUCAGACCCAUACCACAAUGUAUCCAUCACCAACUCGUCCAUCCCACCAACCCCUUUCGAGGAUGCAGAACCCUCAACACAGCCCGCGCAGAAGGCGAACACAGUACCCGCCGCCAAACCUGGCUCAGACCCAGACAUUGUCCCACAAAACAAGCCCAACACAGCGCCCGCUUCGGCCUUCCUCUUCCCUAGCUUCCAAUACGUCCCCAGUAUUCCCACCGAUGACAGUGGUGUCGAAGCCUUUGUCAAGGCAUUCGUUCUCCCUCCAUCGCUACACGCAUCGCACGAGCGUCUGACCAGGGCACAAAAGAACACUCUUCUACACGAACCUGAGAUGCGCAAGAGCUUCCCCGGCGCUCGCCCUGUACAUGAGAUUGUCGUCUUGAUCUGCGGCCACGGUGGACGUGAUGAAAGAUGUGGAAAGUUGGGCCCAGUCCUGCAGGCAGAGUUUGAGGAGAAGCUGGAGAGACAGAAUAUCCCUAUUAUCCGUGGGGCUCCUCCUCAUGAUACUGAGCAGCCUGAUUACACGAUUCAAGAGUACCAGCCCGCGGCAAGAGUAGCCCAGAUCUCACACAUCGGAGGACACAAGUGGGCUGGCAAUGUUAUCGUCUACAUUCCUCCUACCUUCAAGACCAAUCCUCUAGCAGGAUGUGGUAUCUGGUACGGUAGAGUAGAGCCUCAACAUGUGGAGGGUAUCGUCGGCAAGACUCUCAUCGACGGCAAGGUCAUCAAAACUCACUUCAGAGGUGGUAUUCGCGAAGGCGGCGAGAUCUUGAGACUCGAUGACUAGACUAGUAGAUAGUGUAUAACAUGUACGAUUAUGAAUCUAUUCAAUGUGGCCUCUUCCG